UUUAAAAGUUUGGCUCCAAAAUCAGCCUUUCCUCCCCAUAUCGUAUUCACAAAAUCUGAUCAUUUCAAAACCCUAAUUAUCUAUCUGCCUCCUCAUACACAAAUUCAUCUUCCCUCUAUUUUCAAAAGGUAUUCGAUGAUUCCAAGAAGAAUCAGACAAAGAUAAUGGAGAUUCAGCAACAGGUUUUGCAAAUCAAAGCCCCGAAGCCUAAGCGAAGGGUGAAAAUAGAUGAGAAUUGUGAUCCUCUAUCCAAAUCCGCUGCUUUUCUUCGAGCGUCAAAGGUUCAAGCAAGCCUUCCACCCGAGUUACCGAGUUUCGUGAAGCCUAUGAGCCCUUCACAUGUUUCUGCUAGCUUUUGUCUGGGACUUCCCAAGAAAUUCUGUGACGCACAUAUGCCGAAACAGGAUGAAACAAUUGUUUUGGUGGAUGAAGACGGCAAAGAAUUCAACACAAAGUUUCUCGUCGAGAAAACUGGAUUGAGUAGUGGGUGGAGAGCGUUUUCGAUUGGUCACAAAUUGCGUGAGGGAGAUGCUCUAGUUUUUCAGCUGAUUGACAGUUGGAAAUUUAAAGUCUACAUAGUCAGGGUACACAGUCUAAAUGCAACUGUAACGGUUUCAAGAAAUCAAAUCGAAUUUGGCUUGAGGAACUCUGAGAUAGCUGAAGAUAUGGAUAUAGAUUCGCAUCAACAAAAUGUUCAAGAUAAAGCGUUGGUAGUGUUGGAUCAAUCUGGAGACGGGUAUGCAGAUUCAGACGUUUUAGACGGACUCAGAUUCUCACAAUCCGUACUUGACUUCAACGAUAUCCAGAAUAUCGAUGAUUUCAGUAUCGUUGUGGAUGAUUUAGUCGUAGAUUCUGAAAUACCAAAGCAUUUUCGAAUCAAAUACUAUGAGUUAUGUCAUAGUCAAAAGUCAUACCUUCAUGAAAACCUCUUAAAAGGUUUUAAUGUUAAACUAGCGGUUGGGAUCAUUCUUGAAACCGUUACAAUUGCUGAUGCAAUAAAAGCUUGUAAAGUCGAUAUUGCUCGUGAUGAUCUUGCCACGUGGGAUAAAACCCUCAAGGCAUUUGAAGAUCUGGGUAUGAAAGUCGGGUUUUUAAGGGCCCGGUUAUGUAAGCUUGUCGGGCUUUUGUUUGAAUUGAACGAGCUUUUGGAAGCAAAAAAGAAUGAACAAGUGAAAGCAGAGGAGGAGAUGAGAAGGGUUAGAGAAGUGAUCAAGAAUCUUGAUGUUGAGAUUGAAUCUUUGGAGCUAAAAGGCAAGAAUCUUGAAUUAGCCUUUUGUACAGAGGCUAAUGCACCUUGGUGAUACAACAAUCUUGUUUGAAAAUGAGGUUUUCAUCUAAAAAAAGACAAUCAUUAUUUUUCUUUUUUUGUGGAAAUACUCAUUUUUGAAUAGUGUGGGAGAAAUUGAAGAAAUAAUACAAAAGAUAAAGUUGUUAUUGAUUUUUUUUUAGAAUGAAAAUGAAGGGAAAUUUUGUUUUAA